AAAGAUCAUCCUGCCGUCGUCGUUGUUUGCAUAAAAGUUCUUCUUUUUAUGCCUCCCUAGAUUUGUUUUCAUGACGUCACGUAACUCAAAAUCAUCAACCCCUCGUUCCAUGUAGAGAGAGAGAGAGGGAGACGCUUUAAUCAUCAUCCCAAGUUCCAUCUGCGGAGAGGGAGAGCGUUAGGGUUUUCAGAAAAUCAUGGAGGAGGCCAAGGAAUGAGGAGCAGACGAGCAAUGGAGUUGCAGCAUUAGGAAUUGCCUUUCGUAUUCUCUGUCUUCUUUUCUACUUACCGUCGGUCCCUUUUGUCAAGGCCAGACCGAAGAACCAUUUUUGGAAGAGGGGAGGGCUUCCAUUUUCAAUGGGUUUAGGGUUUUCAUGAUCUUGGAGGAGGGGGGGGGGAAGGGAAGGGAGAACGAGAGAGAAAGGGGUUGAGAGAGAGAGGGCAAAAAGAAAAAAAUGCAACCUGGGUAUGGAAUUCCAGAGUUGCAGCAAUUCAUGGUGGAUGGUUCUGCUCUUUUCACUCUCUCCAAUGACCUGAACCCGUCAUCUCAACAGAAGCAUCCCCACCACCUGCAGCUUCAGCAGCAACAUCAGCAGCAGCAGCAGCAGCAGCAGCAGCAGAACAGAGGGUAUCAAUACCACCACCAGUUUCAGCCGUUUCUCGAGUUUCAGAGCUUGCAGCAGCCAGCAAGGUGGUUGCACCCUCCACCACCACCAUCAUCGCCGCCACAGCCUCCGCCACCGCCGCCACCGCCACAUUUGGUUCUCGAGUCCCAGCCGGACAACCCUCCCUCCCGUCUCCUUCCUUUCAUAUCCAGCUUCCGCCCUCUUGUGGACACAAGCGAGCCCGGCUGCAGCCGAGAGAGGCACCAUUUUCCGGACGAAGAUGUCUCCCUUGCCGAUGAGGCCGCCGAUCGAAGAUGGCCGAGAGAGGAAGGAGCUGCGAGAAGCCCUACCAAUUCCGUCAGAGGACCAGUCUGGAGGCUUUCAGAUUCGAUCCACAACAUUAACUCCAGAGCUGCUGCCACCACCACGACCAACAACAGUACCAAGAGAUACAGGAAGGGUGGAGAAGAAAACGAGCCGCCGGAAAGCAAAAGCAGCAGCACAACCAGCUACCGCAUGUUCAGCGAGCUCGAGGCCAUCUACAACGUUGGCUUCUCAGGGGACCUUCAAGCAGGCUCUGGCUCGGCCCUCACUGGAGACAACCCUCCCCCUCCCAUGGCGAAGCCGAGCAUGGUGCCGGAAAUGGCGGCUGCACACGUCGACUUCGCGUCCGAGACGUCUGCAGACGAGGAGGGGUCCCUUAAGAAGAUACAGAACGUUCAGCAGCAGCAGCAGCAUCAGCAGCAGAAGGCAAAGAAGAAGAAGAGGAAGAAGCAGCAGCAGAAGUUGGCAUCGAUAGCUGCCUUCUUCGAGAGGCUUGUGAACCAAAUCAUGGAGCACCAGGAGGCGCUGCACCGCCGGUUCAUGGAGGUCAUGGAAAGGAGGGACCGGGAGCGGCAGAGCCGUGAGGAGGAGUGGCGGCGGCAGGAGGCGGCGAGGCUCACCCGCGAGAAAUCGCUGAGGGCUCAGGAGGAGGCCGCGGCGGCGUCGCGGGAGGCUGCCAUCGUGACCUUCCUCGAAAAAAUCACCGGAGAGACGCUGCGGCUGCCCAAGAGGGAAGCCGGCAGCCAUGAGAGCGGCGCUCAGCCCGAGGCCUCAGACACUGACCGCCGCAAUGACGGCAGCGAGGGAGGCAAUAACCAGAACAGCAACAACAGCAUCAGGAGGUGGCCCAAGUCAGAGGUGAACGCUUUGAUCAAGGUGAGAAGUGGGUUUGAGCGGAGGUUCCAGGAGCCCGGCCUAAAGGGACCGCUGUGGGAGGAGGUCAGCUCGGCCAUGGCGGCCUUGGGCUACGAAAGGAGCGCCAAGAGGUGCAAGGAGAAGUGGGAAAACAUCAACAAGUACUUCAGGAAGGCUAAGAACACCGGCAAGCGGCGACCAGGCCAGCGCUCCAAGACCUGCCCCUACUUCCACCAAUUGGACCUGCUCUACACCGGCAAGGCCUCCUCCGGGGAUGAGAACCUCGCCGCCGGUGGACCGCCGUCAAGGUCCGAGCUCCUGGACGCAAUAUUCCCCGUCGAGGGUGGCCGGAACGAUAAGGAGGCGGAGCCUAGUAACUUUGGCCUUAUUACUAGGCAGACGGCCAGGAAAAUGGGAAGAAACAUUAAGAAGUUGGGACUGUUGAACUGCAGUGCGAAGGAUCAGAACAUUGAUCAGGACGAAGAAGAAGGUAGGGAAGGGGAAGACGAUGAGCAAGAAGGGGAUGGUGAUGAGGAAGAGGAGGAGGAGGAAGAAGAAGAGGCCGAGGAGGAGGAAGAGGAAGAGGAGGGCGAAGAAGGAGAGAAGAGAAACGAGGAGGGGGAGAACGCGCAGUCUGCUUCAUUCAUGGAGCUUGUUCAUAACCUAACUGCUAAUUCUGCGGGCACCACGGCCACCGCCACCUUCCAAGACGACGAUGGUAGUGGUGGUGGUAGAGCAAAGAAUAUAGAUUUCUCUAUGCGCCCCUCUACGUCAAGGUUGAUCUAAUGAGACUUCUUCACUUUUUUUAUUUUUUUUUUUCUCCUAUUACUAAGUAUCAUCUAUCAUCACCAUCAAGAUCAAUUAAUAUCAUAACUAUCGCUACCAUUUCGCGCCUUCAA